AAUUUUUAUUUAAUUAAUUAAAAAAUUAUGCAGGGUGAAGAGCUUAAUAUAUAUGGUGAGCUUUAUAUCCAUAGAAAUCCUAAGCUCAAAAUCAAGGUGGUGGAUGGGAGCAGCUUAGCAAUAGCCGUUGUUUUGAACAGCAUUCCAAAAGGAACCACUCAAGUACUCUUCCGAGGCAAGCUCUCCAAGGUUGCUUAUUUCACAGCCCUUGCUUUGUGCCAAAAGGGCAUCCAGGUGGCUACUUUCCAUGAGGAAGAGUACGCAAAGAUCAAUAUGAAGCUGAACACCAAAUUGGGAGGCAAAUUGGCUCUUUCAAAAAAUUAUGCCCAUAAGGCCGUUGAAGAGACUUACAUCCCCUCAAAGCCUGAGGCAAAUUCAUUGGAGCGCUCAAGGUGA